CGCCCCCUCAGGCGGGUCUCGCGCCCCUCCCCUCAGGUGCCCCCGCGCCCCGCCCGGGCCGCCAUGGCAGCCCCGCCCAAGCGCGGGCGGCACGGCAGCCGCGUCAAGAAGGUCGCCGUGGAGGGCAACAUCGCUGCCGGGAAAUCCACCUUUGUGAAUAUUCUGAAACAAGCCAGUGAGGAGUGGGAAGUGGUUCCCGAGCCCAUAGCUAGAUGGUGCAAUGUCCAGCAAAACCCUGGAGAUGAUUGUGAGGAGCUGACCACGUCCCAGCAGAGUGGUGGGAACGUGCUGCGGAUGAUGUACGAGAAGCCGGAUAGGUGGGCUUUCACCUUCCAGACGUACGCGUGUCUCAGCAGGAUCCGGGCUCAGCUCAGCGCCCUCGAGGGCAAACUCCAGGACACGGAGAAUCCUGUGGUCUUCUUCGAGCGGUCUGUCUACAGCGACAGGUACAUCUUUGCAGCUAAUUUAUAUGAGACUGAUUGCAUGAACGAGACCGAGUGGACUAUUUACCAAGACUGGCAUGACUGGAUGAAUAAGCAGUUUGGUUCAAGGCUGGCGCUGGAUGGGAUCAUUUAUCUCAGAGCCACUCCUGAGAAAUGCUUGAAUAGGAUUUUCUUGCGAGGAAGAGAUGAGGAGCAAGAAAUCCCCAUUGAGUAUCUGGAGAAGCUUCACUACAAACACGAAAGUUGGCUGCAGCAUAGGACACUGCGAACAGAUUUCGACUAUCUACAGGAAAUUCCAGUUUUGACCCUAGAUGUUAAUGAAGACUUCAGAGGCAAAAAGGACAGAUACAAACACAUGAUCGAAAAGGUCAGAGAAUUUUUGAGCACAUUAUAAUCCUCUUUGAAGUGCAGACAGAGUCAAACCAUUCCAAACAUCUGUGCGAUCAAAGUCUCAAGUGCAGCUUCUGCUUUUAUAGGAGGCCUCUGGAGAGGCAGGACUCAAUCCUGGUGAUUUGACUGUGAGGAACAAAUAAACCUUGUGAACAGGGAAAUUACUAAAUAAAUCAGCACGUCUGUUCAGUAUUGUGUUAGGUGACACGCACAAAUUCUGAAGAGACAAGGAUUCUGAGCAUUCCCGAAUAUUGCACCAGUUUUUGAUCAGACUGAUGAGUUCUAGAGUAUUUUAUAGAUUUUUUUUAAAACUGAUUUUUUAUCCAGUUGCUAUUUAAUUGUUGAGAAGGUAGUGGAUUUUUAGAUCUCUUCAGUGGUUUUUAGUGGCAUUGACUUUUAAUGGAUGUCUUGUUCUGAGGAAGGAACAAGUGAGGACCAUUUUUGCUGCUACGGGAAUUUUAAUGUAACCUGGAGUUUUAUAUUUUAAGGUACAAAAAAAAUGCCAUCUGAUGAUUUUGGUAGAUGAAAUUCUUCACAAGAACACAUGAAUUGAAUGCAAAUACAGCUGAAAUUCUGUAGCUGUCAAAUGAGAUUUUAUAUUUGUUUUCAAUAUGCACUGCAAACUAGGAUUUUCAGAGGCUUUCUGUUCUCCAGCAUGUUUGUUUGUUGGGUUUUGUUACCCUUUUUUGAAGCUUUUAAUCAAACUGAGCUGUUUUUGUUGUCGGUAAACCCUCUUCUCCUGGAGAGGAAUAUGUUUGCUUGCCGGGUACCCUAAUAGGAAGAAGAACAUUUUCCAAAUGGCCUCCAUCUGUGAAUGAUGUGUUUAGAAACCAUCCCAUGAUCGCAUUUGGGAUGUCAGAGGUGGCUUCCUGCCUUUGUUCCAGCUGCUCCAUGAGUUCCCUGGGCCUUCUGGGUGCUUAUACCAGAUGCUGCGCUAUUUGAAGUAGGCUGUCACGUCUCAACUGCUGCGAGUCAGAAGGGGACACCUGUGUGGGGUGGCCGCUGCUCUGUGUUGUGCUGACUGAGCCUCUUGUUCCAGGUGCAGAAAAUACAGACUUGUCAGGGUGCGCCUCUCAGGUGCUGGGUUUUGUGAGCUGCGUUGUUCUGCUUUAAACGAUUCUGAGCGCACAGCUGGCUUUUGAAGGCAAAACUGUAUAUUGCAAAGCAUUUUAUUGCCUACCUUGGUGCCGCUGUUACCUGCUCGUCGGACAUGGGAUUUCUUCCUUCGUGGCUGGAAUUGUGCUGGCAUUCUCUAACCAUUGGCUGAAAAAUAAAAGUGGUUGGAAAGACUGUUUCAGUGCCUAAUAGUGUUGGGUCUCUUGUCUUAUGAAAGAAGUAAUAUUGUGGAUUGGUGGUGUGUAAUACUGGUACAAUGGAUGAACUGAAGGUUGUGGAUUCUCGGUGAAUUUGGUGUAAAAAGUUACCAAAGAUUUCUGAGAAACUGUGACUGGCUUUAAAUGUUUUUUCGUGUGUGGGAAAAGAACUUAAGGGAUAGAGACACGGAAUUACAUAAAAUGCAUCAUAUGUGUAACAGUGCUCGGUACAAUGUGUUGUAUAAUAUUUGUGUUGUAGUGGAAAGUAGAAGGAGUCUGGCAGAAAAUCUUGUGUGGGACUUAAAGGUUGCCCAGUGAAAGGAAAGAUUUUAAGAUCUUUGCUCCAGAAAGGAAGUGAGGUGGAAUGGAUGAAAAUUCAGUUCAGAUUUACUUGAAACACAUAGUAGAAGCUUUUAAAACAUUCUUGGCAAGAGUCUGAACAGUAACAACUUAUUUGGACUAACAGUGCAAUUAUUCCUACAGUUUCAGCUGUCAAAAUUGUAGAUUUAAUUACAGGAAUUGGAAUGACAGUGCUCGUUGCAAGGAAGUAAACAUGUCUGAGUUCUAAUAAAGGCUUCUUUUGAAACCCAUCACAGAGAGCACACAGAAAUUCUGUGGCAGGUUAUCUGCAGCCUGUUCCAGAAAGCUUUACAAAAUCUCUGCCUGCCAAGUUUGGGUUGGAAGGAGCGAAGUCAUGACCAAUUAUUAGAAUGUUUUUAAUUGGUGUGCAGAGAAAAACAAUGCCAAACCCCAAACACACACCCCACCGGCCCCCCGAGCUUCUGGGGGCUCUGGAAGUGGCUAGGCUGGAGCACAUGGAGCUGUAUGUAGGACACACGGCACUAGGGAUGGCCUGAGACUCGCCUUAAACCUCAGCUCCAACAGUACCUCAGCCAUCUGAAUCUGUCAGUAUUUCCUUGGCUUAAAUCUAUUCCCAGGCUACCACCAACCAGGAUUG